AUGGCCGAAACCAAGCGCCCGCGCGUCUUUUUCGACAUUCAAAUUGGCGAUCAGAAGGUUGGCCGAGUCAAUUUCGAGCUUUUCAGCGAUGUUGUCCCCAAGACCGCCGAGAAUUUCCGCGCUCUCUGCACCGGUGAAAAGGGUGUUGGCAAGCAAGGAAAGCCGCUGACUUACAAAGGCUCGAUCUUCCACCGCGUGAUCAAGCAGUUCAUGAUCCAAGGAGGUGACUUCACCGCGUUCAACGGUACCGGCGGCGAGUCCAUCUACGGCGAGAAGUUCGACGACGAGAACUUCGACCUCAAGCACGAACGCCCUUUCCUCCUUUCCAUGGCCAACUCGGGCCCCGGGACCAACGGCAGCCAAUUCUUUGUGACCACUGUCUCCACCCCCCAUCUGGAUGGCAAGCACGUUGUUUUCGGAGAGGUGCUCAAUGGCAAGAGCAUUAUCCGCAAGAUCGAGAACAUGCCCACUCAGUCCGACAAGCCAAAAGUGGAUGUGACGGUGGUAGACUGUGGUGAGCUGACCGGCGAGGAGUACGACAAUGCCGACAAGCGUGCUCAGGAUUCCACGGGCGACCCUUACGAGGAUUUCCCCGAGGACCACCAGGGUGAAGAAUUGACGGCGACCGCUGUUCUGAAGAUUGCCACCGAGCUCAAGGGCUUCGGUAACACGGCUUUCAAGAAGGGUGAGCUGAACCUGGGCUUGGAGAAGUACCAGAAGGGCCUGCGAUACCUCAACGAGGUGCCCGAGCCAGCCGAGUCUGAUCCCAAGGAGUUGGACGAGCAAAUGAAGGCCCUCCGUUUCACCUUGCACUCAAACUCUUCAUUGCUGGCAAACAAGCUGCAGCAGUACCGACAAGCCCAGCGCUGGGCCUCCUUUGCUCUCGAGGCUGCUCAGGCCGCCAAGGCAAAGGAUGCUGAUCUUGCCAAGGUCUACUUCCGCCGUGCGCUCGCCUACGAGGGACUCAAAGAGGAAGACGAGGCUUUGAAGGAUCUGCAGCAGGCCUCCCAGCUCGCACCCACCGAUGCUGGCAUUACCAACGAGAUUGCGAAGGUCAAGAAGGCGCUGAAAGAGCGUGACGCGAAGGACAAGGCUGCUGCGCGUAAGUUCUUCUCUUAG